ACCCAGAACAUACCCAACGGCCCAACAAAAAUCUUUCAUCCUCCGAAACCCUAACCUCGGUCAAACCCACGAACCGCCCACACCUCUCCUCCCCGGGGCGGCCGCCUCAGUCCCCUUCAGGCCCGCCCAUGGCAGCGGCGAGCCAGAGUGACGCGCCUCGGCGGGAGCCCGGCCAGCGCCGCCCCAUGUGCGGCGUCUGCACGAAGCCCAUCCGCCUCUGCCUCUGCGGCCGCCUCCGCUCCCCUCCGGUGGACACCGCCGUCGGCGUCACCGUGCUGCAGCACGCGAUGGAGGCCCACCACCCGCUCAACUCCACCCGUGUCGCGCGCCUCGGCCUCCUUAACCUCGCCGUCGCCCAGGUCACCGACGUCAACCACCGCGCCCACUUCAUCCUCACCACGCUCGAAACCGGCAGCGCCGCGGCGCCGGGUCUUGGAUGCGGUCCUGUAGCCGCCCGUUCCGGAAAUCUUGCAUUUCCUCGUGAUGGGACUUGUGGGAAAUCAGAUGAAGUUGGCGCGAGCUGCGAUUCUGAGGAUUCAGGGUUGUAUUCCUCUGGUGAUUUGGGUGUUGAAGACAUCAAUUUUGUUGGAGAGGUUGGUUCUCCUGGUUGGGCCCACAAUGGUGCUGGUAGUUUUGGAUUCAAGAAGGUGAAGAGUGAUGGGCAACCUGCAGAUCUGGAUAGGCCUAGCUCUGGAGCUAACCAGGUAGGGAACUCUGUUGUUGAUUCUGUUAAUGGUGAAAGCAAUCAUAUAAGUGAGGGGAUGGUCAAUGAUUGCAAUGGUAUAGGUGUAGAAAAAGUUGAAGUUGGUGCUGAUCUUGGGCAAGAUUGGACCAUGAAGAGCAUGGAUAAGUGCACUAUUGCAUUCACAGAGAAGGAACUAAGGAUUGAUAUUGAGCGUGGUGUGAAACCAAAAAUCAGAUGGUUAUCAAGAGGCCUGCUUGGUGAAGCAGCUGUCUCAAAUGGUUUUGUUGUCACAAAGAUACAAAUGAAGAAGUGUAAACUCACUGGAGAAAUAACAGAGUUUGAGGAAUUUUCAAUUACCAUACCGCCAAAAUCAGCUCUGCUGUUUCCAUGCCAGCGGGCAAUCAGCAUAGAUGCUUCAGGUUGUCAGGUGCAGCAUCUGAUUGUGUUGGAUGGCACUUGGGCAAAGGCACAAAGGAUGUACCAUGAGAAUCCAUGGUUACAACUUCUGCCACAUGUGAAGCUCGAGUCAGAUAGGGUUAGCUUGUAUAGUGAGGUGAGGCAUGAGCCAAGGGCUGGGUGCUUGUCUACCAUUGAGAGCAUAGUUGUUGCCAUGAAGAAAUUGGGAGAGGAUUCAAAGGAAUUGGAUGAUCUCCUGGAUGUUUUUGAGUCGAUGAUUGCUGAUCAGCGGCGAUGCAAGGAUGAGAAUGUGAAGCAAAAGCUGAAGUCCUAAUCAUAAAAACAGGUCUUAUCGUUAGUCUGCUGUUUAACUUCGUGAUGACCUCUGGAUGCAUUUUUCAGUCCAGAUGACAUAUACUUUACUUCAUACUGAGAAUUUUUUAUUACUAAAAAUCCAUUGGAGAUGAUGUUUUUCAUUUAAGCUUUAUCUCCAUUACCUGGAUGCUAGUGGAAGGGUAGAGAGCAUACCCUUGUAGGUUUCACCUUAUUCUAUGAUCAGAUGUAACUCUUUUCUUACUACUGCUAAGCUGGCAUACACAACUAUUUUGUAUUGAAA